GUUCAAACUUGUCAUUCUCCGGUUUUCUUUGAAUAUGAAGCUUACCGAUAUCCGACUUGACCCUUUCCCACGUCUCACCGAGUUCGUGGGUAAAUCGUUUAGCAAUCCUCGCAUCAUUCUUCUCUCCGUCAUCAUCUCCAAAGUCUGCAUUGAUCGCAUUUAUACUUUUGCCAAGUUUGUCAAUCCUAAUGCCGCACUGGACACUGCUGGUAACGAAACACUCGACAUUCUCGAAUAUCAUCAUCCACGUUCAGCAGCCGACGUCUACCAGUUCAUCAGCGGUUAUGGACACAAAGGCCGAAUGGCAUACUCGUCUCUUCUCAUGUACGAUUGCGGUUUCUUGUUAGCGCGUACCAUCCCCAUGUGUUUGUUGUGUUAUUGGGCUUUCAGUCGUGCUCCCCAGUGGACGCGUCUGGGUGUGUGGAUUCCCCUUGCUACGAGCAUUGUUGAUUUAUUCGAGAACUUCCUAAUUUGGAUUUUGUUGAACUUGUAUCCUCGGCAAAUCGAUCUGCUUGGCCAACUGGCGGCUUGGGCUAUUCUGGCGAAAUGGACCAUGCUAUGGAUUACGGUUGCCGUGUUGGCUAUCGGCUUGUUGCUUGGCAUUUACUAUGGUUUCCACGGCUUACUCGCAGACAGUGUUUUGAUGGAUAAAGAUCGCAAGGACAGGGAAAUGGCAAGACGACACUUGAAUGACGCCGUGAAACGUAACGGACAACGUGCCUCAGCAUCCUCGGGCUCCGCCAGUACCUCACAAAAGAAGAAACAAUAAUUUAUGCUAUAGAUUGGACUCUUUGAUUAUCAAUGUAAACAAGUGAAUACAACUUUUUUCCAAACACUCAUACCAUUACUAGAACAG